AUGACCAUUCUUGGAAUCGACAUGUCCAGAGCAUUCGACUGUAUACAUCGUGACAAACUGUUGACAGUUCUCGAGUCUUUCCUGACGGAGGAUGAUGUUCGGCUGGUUAGAGUGCUGUUGACCAACACAACUCUGCAGGUACGCAUCGGCAGGGCAGUAUCAGAGUCCCUUGAAACUACAAUUGGCACCCCGCAGGGUGAUUCUCUCUCCCCGGUGUUGUUUGUUAUAUACUUAGAGGCAGCACUGAGAGAUCUGAGGAGCACCCAGGUGGCACGAAACAGACCGCCAAUGGAUCAAAGCAUCAACAUUCCAUUUGAGCUUGUCUACGCAGAUGACACUGAUUUCAUAAGCCUUAGUCGUCAAUGGCUCACAGAGCUCGAACCGGUCAUAGACCACACUCUCGGGCAGUGGGCCCUGAGAGUCAACAACACCAAAACUGAGUGGACAGAGCUGGGUCGAUCUGUAGACAGAAUUGACGAGCGCUGGAGGACAUCCCGAAAGCUGGGCUCACUCCUGGGCGACAUUGAGGAUGUGACACGUCGCAGGCAAUUGGCCGAGGCUGCCUUCCGAUCCAUGUGGUCUCUUUGGAAGCGCCGAGGACUGAUCCGAGAGCCUCUGCGUAUGAGGUUGUACUGCGCCUUUAUCAUGCCGAUACUUCUCUAUAAUUCAGGCACCUGGGGCCUGACGGUUGCUAGCGAACGCUCCCUGGACGCUUUCCAUAGAAGGCAACUCAGGUCACUUCUCGGCAUCACAUGGCCACAAAAGAUUAGUAAUUUGGCGUUGUAUGCCCGAUGUGGAGUGGAGCCGGUGUCGGACUUGAUCCGAAAUUCACGCUGGAGUUUAUUCGGACAUGUGCUUCGCCUGGGUAAGGACACGCCAGCACGAUUGAGCAUGGAGCAAUACUUUCAGGCACCCGAGGGGAGGUACCGUGGGAGGCCGAGGGUGACACUACCAAUAAAGCUCCACACCGAUCUGUCCCAGUCGAACAAUGGGCACCUGCGGAGUGUUGAGGACUUGCGCCGUCUGGAGCGGAUUGCUGUGGACCGUCCAGCAUGGAACGCGCUGGUGAAGAGUGUUUGUGCACACCCUCGUCACAAGUAG